CUGCGAGGCACAAACUUUUCUUCAGUCGAUGUAAGUUUUUCAGAAACAUGGCUGGAGAGAGCGACUACAGCAAAUACGAUCUGGCACGCCUACAGGCAGAGCUCAAGCAAGAGAGGGAAAUUAAAGAGAUGCUGGAAGAAUCAGUGUCUGACUUGCGUAGUACAAUGCGUGAACUGCAAGAGAGACUACACAGUGUUGAUGGAGAAGGGAAUGAGUGGAAGACCAGGUAUGAGACACAGAUAGAGCUAAACGGACAGUUGGAAAGACAGAUUUCACUCAUUCAUGAGAGACUGGAGGACCUACGAGGCAACCCCAUGGAUCGACUGGCCUCCAUCCGAUCUUACGAUGACAUGACAGUAGAAACACUGAGCCAGCGUCUGAAGCUACUGACUGAGGAAAAGUGUGACCUCCAGAGUCAGCUGAUGGACUGUCAUCUCAGAACUGAGCAGGAGGGAAAGGCAUUUCAUAAAACCAAUGAUGAGAGACGGGCAUAUCUUUCAGAGAUUGCUAAGCUGUCCUCCACCCUUGAAGCCCAAAGACGACAGUUCUCCACUCAGCCACAGAGGGAACUAAACAACAAACUGAGGAGCUCAGUGAGGCACAGCAGUUACAGAGGGAAGCAGACCAGCAGGAAGGCAGAGGCUGACUCUAAGAAAGGAAAAGAAAGAGAGGAAGACGGAGGAGAAGUGCUUGUGAAAGAAGAAGGUGGUUGUGGAGCAACAGCAGAGAGAAGAGAAGAGAAGAAAUCCCAAAGGGAAAGCAGGCUACCCACCUUAAAGCACUACCUGAAACACAAUCCCUAACCUAAGUCUGGCGUUAUAGCCCUUUUUUUUUUUUUUCCUUACAAAAAAACAGGUCUUCAGGGUAUGCCAGAAUGAUUGCAGGAGACAUUUUCCAUAUACUUAUAUUUUCAUUGUAUGUUUCAUUGUGUCCUUCAGCUUCUUAUGGCUUUGUUCACAUUUCUCAAAGGCUGAUUGUGAGGAAACAAUGCAGUUCCUUUGUAGGUUUUCUACCCAUGUGUCACAGUGUCAUAAUUGUUUAUUUUACAGUUGAUGGCAAAUACAGUGUUACAUUAAACUUAUGGUAUAAAAUGUCA